UCAUCAGUGUUUUCAAGUUUUCUACCGCUAUCGUAAACGCAAACAAAAAUAAAGGUUUUCGUGCUGUAAGAACUGAAACAACUCAUAAUAACAAGUUCCUUUACAAAGUAUCGAAAAUGGCUGCUCUUGUGGUUCAGUCGAGGUUUGCCGGCUUGGUGAUCGAGGAUGACAUUGAAGAUCAGCCGCCGCAGGCCCAGAAAUCUAAGAAAGCCAAGCCCAAAGCCGCCGCCGGCGCCUCCAAGAAGCCGGAAGCUAAUGCUAAAAAGGCCAACACCGGCAAUAAAGCUCCGACUGCUGGUGCAAGCAAGAAGAAGAAGGGUAAGGGAAACCAGAAGCCCGCCGAGCAGUGGGAGCAGUGGAGACAGAAGGAUGAACAACUGGUGGAUGGUCACUACGAGGAUGAACUGCAACAGGCUAUACUGCUCUCCAAGCUUGAUUUUGAGCAGAAGAAAGAAGUUUACAAGUUGUUUAAGAAGGAGGCUGAAACUCAGAAGAAAGAUCAAGAUAAGGCCGGCAACAAGAAGCAGAAGAAGAAGAAUGUCAUGAGUUUGGACCAGUUCAAUGACAUGGUGUCCGGAGAAGAGCCUAAAAUAAACCAUGUGAAUGAAAAGGACCCCACGGACACACCAAAAUCUCCCGACAAAGACACAGAAUUCUUUGAGAGAGUCAAGGAUGAGACUAAGAAUGAACUUUUGAAAGACAAAAUUAAUGACAGAGUGAGGAAUUGCAAACCCCUGUCCAAUGAAAUAAUCACAAGGGUACAAUAUGCUGAGGCCUUGGAGAAAAAAGACAAAGAAAUAGCUGAUCUGCAUGAAGAAAUUACCGUGCUGAAAACAGAACUUUUUACAGUUAAAUCUAGGAAUAAAAAACUCUGCAACAUCUUAGGGCAAGGAGAAAUGAAAGACAAGGCGGAGGUGCUGAUCGAGGUGGAGCGGCUGCGCGCAGUGCAAGGCGAGCUGACGGCCGAGCUGGCCGCGCUGCACACGGAGCUCGAGAAGUCGCGCUCCAAGAACGGAGACCACAGGAGCAAGGAUAAUAAGAAGAAAAAAGGCGCUAAUGGUGAAAAAGAAAAGUAGUUUAGAACCUAAAUAAGAAUUAGCAGUUACAAGUAAGUUUAAGUUCAUUAAUUUUAUAUUUUUUUAUUUUUAUUCUAUGAAGAAGAAUUACUAAACGUGCGUUAACGCAAUGAAAAGGUAAACUACCUAUGUAUACUUAUUGUCGUCUCUAUGUGAUAUAUUUUUUAUGUUCAUUUGUGAUGGAACUGUGAAUGCGUUUUUGCAAACGCAAGGGGUUUAAUUUAGAUUUAAAUCGGUCUAUUUUAGCAUGAAUAUAUUGGACAAGAUACAUGGUGUCUGAGUAUUUGGCCAUUGCAGAAACAAACUGCAUUUUAAAUACAUUUGGUGUCUAUUGUGUAAUGGUGAUUAAUUAUAGUGAUGUUGUGUAAUUAAAAUUAAUGGCAGUAUUAUGUGAAUCUCAAAUUUUUGGCCCUUUUUGGUUUUAUAAAUUGGUCUCAUUAUUUUCUAUGUGUCGAAGGAACUAGCAUUUAUAUUGUCUAAGUCAUACUUGUGCAAUUUAAGAAAAACAAUAUAUAACUUUAAAUACCUA